AUGCACAUCCAUUAUGUUUGUUACUCUCGCUGUGGAACUCAUUAUUAUUAUUCUUUUCUCGUUGUAGGAAACAAAUCCAAAAGCAAGGCUAGAAAUGAACCAUCACAGCGGAAGCAAGACUCUUCAUCAACCACUGAACUGACAAAUGCCAGUUCCAACAGCAUAAAUGAUAGUUAUUCUUCCGAAAAUCGAACUCAUCACACUACAAGCCGCAGCGUCAGUUUCCAGACCACCGAAAGCUUGUCAAUCCAACAAGUCCAACACGAACGCAGUCUGCAAAACAAGAAAAGGGUUAUAAAGAUGCUGUUUGUUGUUGUCUUGGAAUUCUUCAUAUGUUGGACACCAUUGUUUACCAUUAUGACUUGGGAAUACUUAGAUCGCCGAACUUUAAGCCGCCACCUCAGUGGGAUGGCCAAAUCGUACAUCCAACUGCUGGCCUACACCUCUUCCUGUUGCAAUCCAAUCACCUACUGCUUCAUGAAUAGCCGUUUCCGCCAGAGUUUCAUAUCAGCUUUCCAGUGCCGUUACAUACGGGUCCAUAACUAUAAGGCUAGAACGGCCAUGGGUCUAGACGUUUCCACAACAUGUUGAUGUAGCAUUGUAUCAAAGAGAAAACAUCAAGAGAAAUACACUGAGGGGAGAAAAUUAAAAAAGAAAAAUGUCGACGUGGAUUCAAAAGGAAGAACUGCCAAAAAUAUCGGAUUCUUGGAAGCGAAAA